CUUGUCGAUCCAUCUCAUCCUCGGGAAAGUGCGUCUUCACUUGAAGGUGCAGUCUGCAAGAUGCCUAUCAAUCAGCCCUCGAAUCAGAUUAAAUUCACGAACGUAUCGGUCGUCAGACUAAAAAAAGGCAAAAAGCGCUUUGAAUUAGCCUGUUACAAGAACAAACUUCUCGAGUACCGUUCUGGCGCCGAAAAAGACCUCGACAAUGUCCUCCAAGUCCCCACCAUCUUCCUCUCCGUAUCGAAGGCCCAGACGGCCCCGUCCGCAGAACUAGCCAAAGCCUUCGGAGCGGGCGUCCCCACCGACGAGAUCCUGCAGGAGAUCCUGCGCAAAGGUGAAGUGCAGGUUGGAGAGCGGGAGCGAAAAGAGAUCGUGGAGCGAGUCGAGAAGGAGGUGUUGGAUAUCGUGUCGGGACGACUGGUCGACCCGACGACUAAGCGGGUUUACACACCGGGCAUGAUCUCCAAGGCUUUGGAUCAACUGAGUUCGGCGAGCGGGCAACUACAGCAUCACAAACCGUUGUGGACUGGCGUUACCCCGAACAAGUCGACGAAGAGUCAGGCGCUUGAGGCUAUGAAGGCGCUGAUUGCGUGGCAGCCCAUCCCUGUGAUGCGCGCACGCAUGAGGCUGAGAGUGACAUGUCCCGUGUCGCUCUUGAAGCAGAGCGUCAAGGCUGGAGCGGCGGCUGGCGGGCCAAGCAAGGAAAAGGAGGCCCCGUCUGGAGGCGGAAAGUCGAAUAAGAAGGGCGGAAAGGGCUCGAAGAAGUCCAAGCGACAAGAUUCCGAGGAUGAGGCCGGAGCUUCCGACGCGGAACUACCGGCGCCGAAGACCCCCGGCAAUGUCAAGGACAAGAUCAUGAGUUAUAUCGAAUCCGUCGAGUCGCAAGAGGUGGUGGGUGGAGAUGAAUGGGAAGUGGUUGGAUUCGCGGAACCCGGCGCGUUCAAGGGACUGAACGAGUUCGUGGGCAACGAGACUCGCGGACGGGGACGAGUGGAAGUAUUGGACAUGACGGUUACUCACGAAGAGUAAGCGCACCGAAUCGACAUGUAUAGAUGACCGAGCACACUCGGAUGUUGCCAUGACUGAUGACCGGACGGAGGUUGAUACCAAAAAUGCAAUGAAUAUGCCAUAUCAAUCUUUAUUUGGCAAUCAUGACUUCAAACAAUCUACUCGUACAACUAAGAGUGCCAGUAGGU